AUAUGAUGAUACACUAGUGGUUCCCAUUAUUGAGAACACACCAGAAGAGAAGGAUCUCAAGGAGAGAAUGGCACGAGCAAUGGAGAAGUACCCAGACUCAUGUGCUGUGCUGGUCAGGCGUCACGGGGUGUAUGUGUGGGGAGCAACAUGGGAAAAAGCCAAAACCAUGUGUGAGUGUUAUGAUUACCUGUUUGAUAUCGCAGUGCGGAUGAAGCAGCUUGGGCUAGAUCCUUCAAAACAACCAGCUGAAGAAAAUGGGAUCUUAUGA